GGAAUUAAGGAAACGCGGCGUGCUUGGCCGCGUUUGAUUUGAGAAGGUCGCCGAGGUUGGUCGAUCUUUCCCUAAGAAAAAAAUAUUGACGUCUCUCUCCAGAUCGGAAUCUCGUCGACAUCAAUAAGAAUGCGAGGAAGAUACUGAGAUAAAUAAAGGAUGCGAGGUGAAGCAAGUGAAGUUUGCUUCGAUUGCCUCGAGCAACGGAUCAAGUCGGACUUCUCCGAUCAGAUCGUCUUCUCUUACGGCCUCUCCGAUUCUCCGCUUCCUUUCGGAUCCUCCGCCGUCGUUAAGGUUUCUGACUCUAGCGAGGAGGGAGUUUCAGCUUCUGAUUUUGAUUCUAGUUCAUCACAGUUCGUUUUGGAGUAUCUCCGCAAGGAAGAACAUGGUUGCUUAGCCAACUACGUUGAAAGACCUGGGAAUUCAAACGAUGAUGUUGAAUGUGAUGAGAAUUUGGAUUGUUCACACUCUAAGGCUACGAAAGAUGAUGACAGGGAGUUAGGCUUAGGCACAGAGGACAUCACUUGCGAGUCUUCAGGUAGUUUUCCAAGCAGGAGAGCGUUGGCUGCACUUUUACCAAAUGCUCAGAUUAGCAAAUGUUCGGCCUCUCAUCUUCAAAAGCUUGCUUUUAGUUUCCUUUCUGAGUGCCCGGAAGAUUAUAUUUUAGCCUCUCUAAAUCGCCUGAUUGGUGGAGAGUCAUCUGGACAAGAAACUAAAAGUUUCCUUAGGCUUAUUGGGUUACCGUUGUUAGAAGAGGAAAGCGAUGUUCCAUGUCUCAGGCAUCCAAAUCUGUCGCCGGUUCUAGGGGUUCUGACAUCAUCUGAUUGUUUGGUCUCAGUGCUCCCCAAAUCCCCAUUUACGUUGGAAAAUGUUCUCUACUACAGUCCUAAUGCUUUAAAGUCAGAGUGGCAUAGAAAUUUUAUUAUAUAUCAGCUGUUGUCUGUGCUAGCUCACUUGCAUGGUUUGAAGAUCUCCCAUGGGGACAUUCGUCCUUCAAACAUUUUCUUGUCAGAUUCGUUGUGGAGUUGGUUAAAGAUCUAUAGCAAGCCUGAUAGAGGUUCUGGAGAUGCCAAUUCAUCUACUUCAAGAAAAAGUUUGUGUGUAGAGGGUUGUUAUUCUUCUGCCCUUUAUGCUGAUUUUAAAAUUUCUUCACAUUCGGACUGGCAGACUAUCUUUGAUAAAUGGUGGAAGGGAGAGGUAAGCAAUUUUGAGUAUUUACUCUUCUUAAACAAACUAGCAGGCCGAAGGUGGGGAGACCACACAUUUCAUCCAGUAAUGCCAUGGGUCAUAGAUUUCAGCAAAAAACCUGGAAAAGAUAGUGACUCAGGCUGGCGGGAUUUAAGGAAAAGCAAAUGGAGAUUGGCAAAAGGAGAUGAGCAGUUAGAUUUUACCUAUUCAACAUUUGAGAUUCCGCAUCAUGUUUCAGAUGAAUGUCUGUCUGAGUUGGCUGUUUGCAGCUACAAAGCUAGGAGACUGCCACUGAGCGUCCUGCGUAAGGCAGUUCGAUCUGUGUACGAGCCUAAUGAGUAUCCCUCUGAUAUGCAAAGGCUUUAUGAUUGGACCCCUGACGAGUGCAUCCCUGAGUUUUACUGCGAUUCCCGCAUCUUCUGCUCUCUUCAUCCUAGUAUGUCUGAUUUGGCUGUACCUCCAUGGGCAAGCAGCCCCGAGGAGUUCAUUAGAUUGCAUCGAGAUGCUCUGGAAAGCCCCCAUGUUUCAUCUCGAUUACAUCAUUGGAUUGAUAUUACUUUUGGUUACAAAAUGUCGGGACAGGCUGCUAUUACUGCAAAGAAUGUUAUGCUGUCUUCAUCUGAGCCAGCAGUACCAAGGUCGGUUGGACGCCGUCAGCUUUUUUUUCGGCCUCACCCGGUGCGCCUGCGUUUUUCCCGCGAGAAGGAACAAAGUAGAAAUGAACAAGAAAUGCAUACGUUUCAUGGCUUUGGGGUGGACAACAAGAGGUCUGUCAUCCUCGAAGCUGAUGAGUAUUUGGAAGAAACGGAAGAGGCAUCUGCAUUUUCUGAACACGCAUCACAUCUAAGUCCUCAAUAUCACCUUUAUCAAAACUUGGAUGAGUCUCCUUUGCAUGAAUCUUGUAGUGAAAACACUAAAAAAGGUGAUACUAGUCUUUCUGGAACUUCAAGAAACAAAGGCGUACCAUCCGGUAUAUGUUUGAAUUAUCUUCUGGAGCAUAUAGACGUGCGAGACGAAGUUUCUAUAGAACCUCAGGAGUUGUUACUAUGGCGGCAAGAUUUCUGCCUAGGAAAGGACAUCGCAGGGGAUAUUUUCUCUAUUGGCUGUGUCUUGGCGGAACUUUAUUUGAUGAGGCCGUUAUUUAACUCGGUGUCUCUGGCUACUUAUUUAGAAGGUGGUGACUUACCAGAAUUAAUCAAGGAACUUCCUCCUCUUACUAAAGUACUUGUUGAAGCUUGCAUUGAACGAGAUUGGCGAAGGAGGCCGUCAGCAAAGAGUCUUUUGAACUCUCCGUAUUUCUCAGCCACAGCGAAGUCAGCUUACUUGUUUGCUGCUCCACUUCACCUUUUGGCCAAAGGUGGAACACGCUUGUAUUAUGCUGCUAGUUUUGCCAAAGAGGGGGCCUUAAAAGCAAUGGGAUCAUUUGUGGCAGAGAUGUGUGCUGCGUACUGCUUGCCACUGGUGACGUCACUUCUAUCUGACAACGAGUGUGAAUGGGCUUAUGUACUUAUCAAAGAAUUCACAAAAUAUUUGACACCAGUGGCUGUGCAAAGACUUGUCUUGCCUUCUAUCCAGAAGAUCUUAUUGACGACAGGUUACUCGCAUUUGAAAGUUUCUCUUCUUCAAGAUUCGUUUGUGAGGGAACUAUGGACUCAAAUUGGAAAGAGAGUAUACCUUGAAAUGAUUCAUCCACUAGUCAUAUCAAACUUGUAUAAUUCUCCGGACAAGAUUUCGGCUUCUGCAGCUUCUGUGCUGCUGAUUGGUUCCAGCGAAGAGCUUGGCGUCCCUGUUACAGUCCAUCAGACUAUACUGCCUCUGAUUAAUUACUUCGGAAAAGGAAUAUGUACUGAUGGGGUUGAGGUGCUGGUUAGAAUUGGGAGACUGUUGGGCGUGAACUACAUUGUCAAACAAAUGAUGCCAUUGCUUGAACAUGUUGUUUGCUUCUGUAUCGAUCUUUCUUCUAUGAAAAAACCAGAGCCUGUCCAUAGUUGGUGUUCUUUAGCACUGACUGAUUGCCUAAUCACACUCGAUGGUCUAGUUGCUCUUAUACCAGACGAGUUACUCAUACAUGAACUAACCAAAGGUCGGUUGUGCCUACACGUAAGAAUACUUAUGCAGAAAAAUCUAGAGUUGCGAGUCCUUCAGUUUGCUGCAACUUCCCUGAUGUCAAUUUGCCAGCGGAUUGGACAAGAGUUGACUGCAUUGCAUGUUCUACCGCAGUUGAAGGAGCUUUUCGAUGAAUUUGCUUUCUCUGAGAAAAGUACUGAUGUAUCUGACUCUUUAAACUCGAAGAUCAGGACUACAGAAAAAAAUCCCCAUUCAGAAUCUCCAAUCAAAAGCCGUAUGGAUCUUGUGUUGCUUCUGUAUCCUUCUUUCGCCUCACUUCUUGGUAUGGAGAAAUUACGUCAGGGCUGUCCAACCUGGCUACUACUCGAGCAAUAUCUGCUAAAGCAUCAUAACUGGAAGUGGGAAUACACAGGACGAUCCUCUCGAUAUAAUAUGGAAGCCAAGCCUGUGCUAAGCAAGGGCCCUGCGUCUAAGCACACUCCUAAGACAUUGCUCAAUGGAUCUGGACGGGUGGUUCCCCAGUCGCAGGGCUUAAGAAACUCCAAGCAUUUAAAACCUCAUAUACAUGACCCAGUUGAAGGACAAGAAGAAGUAUUAAGCCCUUUGGUGCAUGAACCCUGGUCAUGGUUUCCUAGUCCAGUAGCUUGUUGGGAUGGACUUGACAUUGGACGUUUUGGAAACCCCAAAGAUGAGCAACGAUGGAAAAUUAGAGCAUCUGUUUUGUCUUCAGCGCAUGCCCAUCGCGGAGCUCUAAGAUCUUUAGUGGUUUCUGAAGAUGAGUGUACAGUUUUCACCUCAGGUAUUGAUCCAGGGUUCAAGGGAAGUGUUCAGAAGUGGGAACUAGCAAGCUUAAGCUGUGUCUCUGGUUAUCAUGCCCAUGAAGAGGUUGUUAAUGACAUCAGUAUUUUGUCUUCCACCGGAAAGAUAGCAUCUUGUGACGGAACAAUACAUGUGUGGAACAGCCAAACCGGGAAACUAAUAUAUUUGUUCUCCGAGUCACCUGCGGAUCAAGAUCAAGCUUCCUCAUAUCUGUCAUCAAACAAUAAUUCCAAUCAGUCUAAUAGACAUGUGUCACAUGGGUUAUCAAAUGGGAUAUUCGAUGGAAACAUGUAUACAUGUAUGCAUUAUUUAGAGUACAUGGAUCAGCUUGUUGUCGGAACCGGAUCCGGAGCCCUCAGGUUUAUAGAUCUAGCAAGAGGCCAGAAGCUUCAACUUUGGAGUGGAGAAUCUUUUGAAUCUGGGUCUACUUCUCUCGUAUCUGCUCUUUGUUCAGGAGGAUCUCAUACAAAACAAGGAGACGGAGCAUCAGUGUCACCUUCUUGGAUUGCAGCUGGUUUUAGCUCUGGCCAGUGUAGGCUAUUUGACUCGAGGGAAGGUGGGGUUAUUUCCUCCUGGAGAGCUCACGACGGAUAUGUGACCAAGUUAGCGGCACCUGAGAGCCAUUUACUUGUGUCCAGCUCUCUUGACAAAACCCUACGUAUCUGGGACUUGAGGAAGAGCUGGACACCAGAGCCUUUUGUUGUUAAAGGACACAACGACGGUGUUUCAGGUUUCUCCAUCUGGGGGAAAGACGUUAUCUCCAUCUCAAGAAACAACAUUGGGGUUUUCUCACUGUCAAAGUCUCAAGACGAGGACGAGCAGCAGCAGCGGAUUAUACCACAGAAACUGUAUAUGGCGGAAAAGGGAGGAAGAGUGAGGUCGGACUUAUCGACCAUUUGUGUUUUACCAUUCUCCAGGUUGUUCAUCGUUGGAGCACAUGAUGGUUACUUGAGAAUCUGUUGUUGAAUGAAACUACAAUGCGAAAUAUAUAUUACCAUAUAAUUGCUUUUACAAAUUAUGUUGCCUCUCUAAUUUUUUUUUUUGUCUUCAAGUUCAAGGAGACGAAGAGUGUACUGGUUUGUCUAUACGGUGUAUGUUAUGUUCUCUGUUUUUACAAGAGAAACUGUUUGUAGUUCUUCUCUGCUAACAAAAACAAACAGUUUUUUCUU